UGGAACAUCACGACGCGACUUCCGGCCGGACAGGAGCCGAGUGUUCCGUUCUGUGCCUACUCGCUGGUCGGUGAGAGCUGUCUGCGCUGCCGGGAACAUGUCUCGCGGCUCCAUAGAGAUCCCGCUCCGGGACACGGACGAGGUCAUCGAGCUCGACUUCGAUCAGUUACCAGAGGGGGAUGAAGUUAUCAGCAUCUUGAAGCAGGAACACACCCAGCUGCACAUAUGGAUCGCAUUGGCUUUGGAGUAUUUCAAGCAGGAGAAGACGGAGGACUUUGUGAAGCUGCUGGAGGCAGCUCGGAUAGAUGGCAACUUAGACUACAGGGACCACGAGAAAGACCAGAUGACCUGUCUGGACACCCUGGCGGCCUAUUAUGUGCAGCAGGCUCGCAAAGAGAAAAACAAGGACAACAAGAAGGAGCUGAUUACCCAGGCCACCCUGCUGUACACCAUGGCCGACAAGAUCAUCAUGUACGAUCAGAACCACUUGCUGGGGAGAGCCUGCUUCUGCCUGCUGGAGGGCGACAAGAUGGACCAAGCAGACGCCCAGUUUCACUUUGUGCUCAAUCAGUCUCCAAAUAACAUCCCAGCUCUGCUCGGAAAAGCCUGUAUCUCUUUUAACAAGAAGGACUACAGAGGGGCCCUCGCUUACUAUAAGAAAGCUCUGCGUACCAAUCCUGGCUGCCCAGCUGGUGUGCGCUUGGGAAUGGGCCACUGUUUCGUAAAGCUGAACAAGCUCGAUAAAGCACGUCUGGCUUUUGGACGGGCGCUGGACUUAAACCCAAAAUGUGUUGGUGCCCUGGUGGGCUUGGCAGUUCUCGAGCUUAACAACAAGGAGGCUGAUUCCAUUAAAAAUGGUGUCCAACUGCUGUCCAAAGCUUACACGAUCGAUGCCAGUAACCCCAUGGUGCUAAAUCACCUUGCCAACCACUUCUUCUUCAAAAAGGAUUACAGCAAAGUCCAGCAUCUGGCUCUCCACGCGUUUCACAACACAGAAGUGGAGGCCAUGCAGGCAGAGAGCUGCUACCAGCUGGCCAGGUCCUUCCACGUACAGGAGGACUACGACCAGGCGUUUCAGUACUACUAUCAGGCCACGCAGUUUGCGGCUGCCUCCUUUGUGCUGCCGUUUUUUGGCUUGGGACAAAUGUAUAUUUACAGAGGAGACAAGGAGAAUGCUGCUCAGUGCUUUGAAAAGGUGCUCAAAGCCUAUCCCAAUAACUACGAGACCAUGAAAAUCCUGGGGUCUCUGUACGCCACCUCCGAUGACCAGGAGAAGAGGGACAUUGCGAAGAGCCACCUGAAGAAGGUCACUGAGCAGUACCCGGAUGACGUGGAAGCCUGGAUUGAGCUGGCCCAGAUCUUGGAGCAGACGGAUAUCCAGAAUGCCCUGUCUGCCUAUGGCACAGCCACUCGGAUUCUGCAAGAGAAGGUACAGGCGGAUGUCCCACCAGAGAUCCUGAAUAACGUGGGUGCUCUCCACUUCCGCCUGGGGAACCUUGGAGAAGCCAAGAAGUAUUUCUUGGCCUCUCUGGACCGUGCUAAGGCUGAGGCUGAACACGAUGAGCAUUACUACAGUGCAAUCUCCGUCACCACCACCUAUAACCUGGCCAGGCUGUACGAGGCACUGUGUGAAUUCCACGAGUCGGAGAAACUCUACAAGAACAUCUUGAGAGAACAUCCAAACUACGUGGACUGCUACCUACGUCUGGGAGCCAUGGCAAGAGACAAAGGCAAUUUCUACGAGGCCUCCGAUUGGUUUAAGGAAGCUCUUCAGAUUAAUCAGGAUCACCCGGAUGCCUGGUCCCUGAUCGGGAAUCUUCAUUUGGCAAAGCAGGAAUGGGGACCUGGGCAAAAGAAGUUUGAGAGAAUUUUGAAGCAGCCAUCCACCCAGAACGACACGUACUCUAUGCUGGCACUGGGCAAUGUGUGGCUGCAGACGCUCCAUCAGCCUACCCGUGACCGGGAGAAGGAAAAACGGCACCAGGAUCGAGCGCUGGCUAUUUACAAACAGGUGCUGAGAAACGACUCCAAGAAUCUCUAUGCGGCAAAUGGCAUCGGAGCUGUGUUGGCGCACAAGGGUUACGUCCGGGAGGCCCGUGAUGUGUUUGCCCAGGUCAGAGAGGCAACUGCUGAAAUCAGUGACGUCUGGCUGAACCUAGCCCAUAUCUAUGUGGAGCAGAAACAAUACAUUAGUGCUGUGCAGAUGUAUGAAAACUGUCUGCGUAAGUUCUACAAACACCAGAAUACGGAGGUUCUUCUGUUCCUGGCUCGCGCGCUCUUCAAAUGUGGCAAAUUGCACGAAUGCAAACAGAUUCUACUCAAGGCUCGGCAUGUGGCCCCCAAUGACACUGUCCUCAUGUUCAAUGUGGCCCUCGUGCUGCAGAGACUCGCCACGUCCGUGCUGAAGGAUGAGAAGAGUAAUCUGAAGGAAGUACUGAACGCUGUGAAAGAGCUGGAACUGGCUCACCGGUAUUUCAAUUACUUAAGCAAAGUCGGUGACAAGAUGAGGUUUGAUCUGGCUCUCGCUGCUUCAGAAGCCAGGCAGUGCUCUGAUCUCCUGAGUCAGGCUCAGUAUCACGUGGCUCGCGCUCGCAAGCAGGACGAGGAGGAGAAGGAACUGCGCGCAAAGCAGGAACAAGAGAAGGAGCUGUUACGCGAGAAGCUCAUGAAAGAACAGACAGAUAAACGGCUUAAGGAAAUUGAAGAGCAGAAGAAACUCUUGGAGCAGAGAGCUCAGUAUGUGGAGAAAACCAAGAACAUCCUGCAGUUCACUGGGGAGAAGGAGACACCCAAAGAGAAGAAGCGAUCGGGCGGUGGAGGCCGGAGAUCAAAGAAAACUGGGGAAUUUGAGGAGUUUGUGAAUGAUGACUCUGACGAGGACCUGGGUCCCAGGAAGAGGAAGAAAAGGAAAGGAGGGAGCAGCAGUGGCGGAGAACAAGAGGGAGGAGAAGGCAAUGAAGGGGAGAAGAAGACGAAAAAGAGGAGGAGGAGAUCACAAAAGACUGGCGAUGGAUCAGAUGAUGACGAUGAUCAACGUCCACGACCUAAGAAGAGGCCACUGAAGAAGCCGGCUAAAGUUGAGCGAACUCCGGCUUCCAUGAGAGGGAAAAUCAAAUCGAAAGCCAUGAUCUCCUCCAGCGAUGACUCCUCAGAUGAAGACAAACUGAAGAUCGCCGAUGAAGGUACUGCCAGGAACAGCAACAGUGACUCUGAUGAAGAUGCCAGACCAGCCAAGAAACGCAUAAUGUCAGAUAGCGACUCUGAUAAUGCCAACAAGUCUGGAAGUGACAGGGGCAGCCCACAGAGAUCGCCGCAGUCCGGGGAGGAAUCUGACCAGAACACAUGGGUUAGGGCAAGGAAGAGGCAGAGAUCUGUGUCUGGAUCUGAUAAUGGAUCUGAUAAUGGAUCUGUCCAGUCAAGAAGAAGUGUUUCCGGGGGGUCAGACAAUGAGUCCCGAGCUGCGUCGCGCAGUCCUGAAUCGGACAGGGGAUCUGGUAACGGGCGCUCUGCCGGGGGUUCUGCCAGGGGCUCUGGCAAUGAGUCGGAGCAGGAAGUGUCUGCCAAUGACAAGUCGGGUGGAUCUGAUGACUCCGAUUAGAUGGGAAAUCUCGCCCACACGUGUAUUUAUUGUAAAUAUUUCUUUCUUUCAACCGGGAAAACAAAUGGAGUUUUAUUAUCUUGGUUCCUAGAAAUGUUUCCUGCAGCUUAAGUUGGCUGCUUUUUUAGUCUCUCUAGGCAGUAGGCUAAGCCGGAUGUCACGCUUCAUACAAAUCCCAGUAGUUAGAUGUGUGAUUUGGCAAAGGUUAUAGAGGCACAUUUCGGUACUGUGAGAUUUUUGUUUGCUUAUGAUUUCAUUGAGACGUGCAGGUACUGUAUUUGUAUCUUGCUAUAACAGAGCUGUACUAUGGGCCAGUCUUAAGGGCCCUACACAUUUAAAGACCCGCUUCCGAGCUGCCCGACAGCGGAUACGGCGAGGGGUGGGGGCAGUGACGGGGGGAGUGAAGUUACUAAACUCCCCCCGUCACACGGCUCCAUAGCAGUGCAGGCAGAUAUGGACGAGAUCGUCCAUAUUGGCUGCAUGCACAGCCGACGGGGCACCAGCGAUGAACGAGCGCGGGGCCGCGCAUCGUUCAUCGCUGGUGCCUCCACACUCAAAGUUAUGAACGGUAUCUCGUUCAUUAAUGAACGAGAUCGUUCAUAUCUUUCAGUGAUAUCACCCAGUUCGUAGGGCCUAUUAGUUCCUCCUAAUACACCGCUGUAUGUAUGUGUGUAAAAUACUAUAGACUAGUAUAUGCCAAACUUGGUCUACAUAAUCCCGCCACAAUCCGAGUUUUAAGGCCAUUCAUGUUUUAGCAUACUGUAGGUGACUUAAUUAGCAGCCAAGUCAUUUUGAUUCAACCAUCUAUGCUGAAGCAUGACUAUCCUUUAAACCUGGACUGUACGGAAGCUUUGAGGACCAAUUUUGGUAAGCACAUGGAUUGUUUGUAGAUAUGUCAUCUGCAAGCCUCAAGAUGCUGUUCCUGUUUUAUAAGAAAGAUCAUUUAUUUUCCGACCGGAUAAUGCGAAACUAGAAGCAUUGAAAUAUCCAGUUUAAUUCACCUUAAUAAAAUGUUAACUCCAUUUAAAGACAAAGAAAAUGGACUACUUUGGAUUACGUACUACUUACAUAUUUUUAUUUUGCAAUGUUCCGCUUGUGUAUUUCCUACUCUGUACACAGCAGAGACUGACCCUGCUGUCUUUUGUCUUUGUGGAUGGAGUUUUAUAGGGAGAAUGUUAUGAUUUCUGUACGAUGUAAUAAAUACAAUCUGAAUAUUAUUAUUUUUUAAA